AUGGCUAUCCCUCGGUCUGUGUGGACGUCCGACCAUGGCAGCAUGGCGCACGAGACUGCCAAGUCUCGCUGGCCUAAGCUUGUGCAGGGCAUGAUCGAUGAUGUCCGUGUUACCGGUGCUGAGCUUGCUCCAUCCCGUGCACUUGACGAAAUCAAUUCGAUAGAGAGAAGCCUUAGAAGACUCAGAGAGGAAAUUACUGGCGAUGAUCAGCUGUGUCCCCUCGAAGAUGAUGGCUCGGCAGACAUUGCGUCGUACAAUCAGCUUCUCCUUAAUAUGGGCGAGUUGACCUGGCUCAACUGUCCAUGGUUGUAUGGUGAAUGCUACCUGUAUAGGCGAGUGCAGCUGUUAUUUUCCAUGUCAUCUUCCUGGAAAGGGUACGAUGUGUUUAAACGUCAAAAGGAUUCUACCCUUGUCAUGUCGCAGAAGGCCGUCCAGGAGCUGGCGAGCAGGGUCACUCAAGUCAUCGCAAAUCCGAUACAGCCACUCCAAAGCUUGGACGACGAUGCAGCGAGACUUGUCUUUUCUGAAAUGACCGAGCUGGCUUUAUGGGGAAACGCAACAGAUCUGUCUCUUCUGACCAACCUCAGUCUGGAGGAAAUUCAGAAGUUACAAGGAAGCGCAGCGAUCGAGGAGAGCCAGCGGAACAUUGUCGACAAUGAUACAUCACAUGUGUGGCAUUAUCUGCGAAAGACUCAGUUGACUCAAAAGAAUCGACAUAUCGACAUCGUUCUUGACAAUGCUGGAUUUGAGCUAUUUGCAGACGUCCUCUACGCGGCAUACCUCAUUGCAUCUGGCCUCGGAACGAGCAUCACUCUCCAUGCGAAAUGUUUUCCCUGGUUUGUCAGCGAUGUAAUACCCAGCGAUAUGGACUUCCUCCUCGACCAUCUGCGGUCCACAGGCUUGAAUUCUUUGGCCACUCAAAUCAAGAGGUAUCUCGAACUCGGCUUAAUGCGUAUUGAGGUUCAUUCGUUUUGGACGACGGCUUGGUCAUUUCAUGAGAUGGUCGCUGUAGCACCUGAUCUAUUUCAGCGUUUUCAGGACAGCUAUUUGACUAUAUGGAAAGGAGACUUGAAUUAUCGAAAGUUGACCAGAGACGGUCUUUGGCCACACACAACGACUUUCAAGACUUCGCUUGGUCUACUAGGGCAACGAAGUGGUGUCAAGGUCCUCGCGUUGAGAACAAACAAGUCCGAUACUUGCGUUGGAAUAGAAAGUGAGGAGGCUGUCAAGCGACUUAACCGGGAGGCACCCGAGAUGGGAUGGGUUAGGGAUGGGAAACAUGCCGUGAUAUCAUUCAGCGACGGCGUCUGA